CAGAGCUGAUCAGACGAAACUGAACUUCUGAACUUUAUUUAAUGCAGUCGGCAUGAUGCAGGGAAUAGAGACCAGGGAUUAUAUUAAUGAAACACCAAGACGCAGGAAGAAGCGCAGUGGAGACAAGAAACAAGCUGAGAAAAGACUCUGUCAUCCGAUUGUCCUCGGCUUUGCUUUACUGUGCAUCAUACAAGCCACCCUCAAUAUUUCUUUACGCCUGACUCUGUACUCCAGCAAAGAAUCAAGCCACUCGGAUUGUAACGCAACUCGUUUCAGUGGCAACGACCAGACGGAGGAAGCGCAAGGAAAUGGUGUUCAACAGCAGUCUGGCACUCCGUCCCCUCAGCGAUGUCCUCUAGAGUGGAGGGAGAUCCAAUCCAAGUGCUACUUUCUCUCCACUGAGAUGAAAACAUGGGACGACAGCAGAAAACACUGUCAGAGUGAAGGAGCCGACCUGGUAGUGAUCAGCAGCCAACAGGAGCAGGAAGCUAUCUAUCGCUUGGAUGGGGACCAGUAUCUCUUGUUCUGGAUUGGUCUAAAGGGCACCAAUAGGGUCUUCAGAUGGGUGGAUGGAUCUGAGCUGAGAAAAACAUUCUGGAAGGAAGGGCAGCCAGAUCAUGGCGGUCCUAACAACGUAGAGGACUGUGUGGAGAUGUAUCACCACAACCCUGUACUCAGCAACUGGAACGACGCCCCCUGUGGACACAAGCGGCGCUGGUUCUGUGAGAAAAAUGCACAUCCUAUUUCAUAGUGUCAGCUUAAAGGGGAACUUCGGUUUUUUUCAACCUGGGGUCUGUUUCCAUAUGUAAUUUCAUACAUGUGAGUGAUGGAGAAAUGAAUUUUCGACAUAGCUCCAGUAUUUAGCCAGGCAGGCAGCUUAGCAGC